AGCACUUUGCAUUUGAAAUAUGGAGAGAGUUUCCCCAUUUUAUCUACUUUCUCUAUUAGUAUUGUUUUCUUGUCUUAGCCUUGCUACAACUCAUAAAAUCAACACUGAUAUGUCUGCACUUCUUGCUUUUAAAUCCAUUGUCAUCACUUCAGAUCCUAACAGUGUUUUGAAAAAAAAUUGGACCAUCCAAACUUGUGUUUGCACAUGGAUGGGAGUUACUUGUGAUUCACGUCAUAGUAGGGUGACUCAUUUAGCUCUCCCGAAUAUGGGACUCAGGAGCCGCGUCCCACCCGAAAUCGGAAAUCUUUCUUUUCUUGUUUCUCUAGAUUUGAGUGAAAACUCUCUUAAUGGCCCCCUACCAAAGAGCAUUUGCAGCCAUAACAACCUUCCAAGACUCAAACAACUUCAGCUAUCCUGGAACAAAUUUGAGGGAGACAUACCACUGAGUUUGGGUCAAUGUCCACGACUUGAGGUUCUUGACUUGUCAGUCAACAACUUUGGUGGACAUGUGCCUACACACAUUGGGAACAUCACACACCUUAAGGAAUUGCACCUUGGUUGGAACAAUCUAACGGGUACUAUUCCCAAAGAGAUUGGUCAUAUUAUUAAACUAGAGUCCAUGUAUUUGGAAUCUAACAACCUUGUCGGAUCAAUCCCAAGAGAAGUGGGGAACAUGACGACUCUCGUGGAGUUAUCACUCAGCAAUAAUUCUUUAAGUGAAGUUAUUCCACAAGAGGUUGGGCAUCUUGAUCAUGUACAAUUGUUGGAGGUUAGUAUGAACAAGUUUUCAGGCCCUUUGCCGGCAACCAUUUUCAACAUGACUUCCAUGGAAAUGAUUGACCUAUCAAGUAACUCAGUUAGUGGGGCAUUGCCUUCGCUUGGCAACAUGAAAGCACUAGAAUACUUAUUUCUUGACAACAAUGCUUUAAUUGGUCAAAUACCCACCACCACUGAGAAUCUAUCAAAUCUGAAGUUCUUGUGGCUCCCUUCCAAUAAAUUAAAUGGUCCAAUUCCAUCCAUCAUGGGAAAUCUAUCAAAUUUGCACUACUUAGAUCUCUCCUCCAACAAAUUAAAUGGUGAGCUCCCAACCUCCAUUUGCAAGUUGACAUCUCUUGAAUAUCUGAUUCUCUCAAAUAACACUUUGGAAGGAAGACUGCCACAAUGUUUUGGAAAUUUGAGCAAAUCUUUGUCCAUCUUUCAUUUGAACGCAAAUAAGUUUAGUGGCCUCAUUCCAUCUACUUUCACCAAAGGUUGUAGUCUUAUGUCCAUCAAUUUGAGUAUUAACAAAUUAAAAGGACGAUUACCUAAAUCUUUAGUCAACUGCCAAAGUCUAAGGGGUCUUGAUAUUAGAAAUAAUGGGAUACAAGCCGAAUUUCCCUUUUGGAUGGAAGGCCUUCCGGAGCUUAGAGUGCUAGUGUUGAGUUCUAACAAGUUUUAUGGUAACAUCUCACUUGCUUCACCAACCAACAUUUCUUUUCCUAAGUUGCAAGUUUUAGAUGUGUCGCAUAAUGAAUUUGUGGGCUCUCUACCUCAAAGAUAUUUCAAAGCAAUGAUGGAGGCGACGAAAGAAAAUGACAACUAUCAAAGUUUUCUUGAUAUGAUACUCACCUUGAAAGGCCAGGAUCAAUUAUUGAAGAGACUGUUGGAAAACUUCGCAACAAUUGACUUGUCAUCCAAUAAAUUUUCUGGGACAAUUCCAACUUCCGUAGGAAAUCUUAAGAUUCUCAAAUAUUUGAACUUGUCCCACAAUGCCCUCACCGGACAUAUACCUUCAUCUCUUGGAAACUUGGGUGAGCUCGAAUCGUUGGACUUGUCAACAAACAAAUUGGAUGGAGAAAUUCCAAGCGACUUGACAAGGUUGACCUUUCUUGCGAAAUUAAACCUUUCCAUGAACAAUCUUGUUGGAAAAAUACCACAAUCUAAUCAGUUCUCCACAUUUGAGAAUGAUUCAUAUAUAGGAAACUUAGGAUUGUGCGGAGUUCCGUUGAUGAGAAAGUGCAAAGAUGAGAAUGGGCAAUCGACGCAGCCAGGAGAAGAAGAAGGAGAAGAAGAUGAAGAAGAAUUCCUUGAUGGAUUUGGUUGGCGAAGUGUUGUGAUGGGAUAUGGAAGUGGAUUCAUACUUGGGAUUGGAAUUGGUUACAGAUUAUAAGAAGUGGAAGGCCAAGAUGGUUAGUGAAAUUCUUUUUUAGCAUUGGAUAUAUUAGAUGAAGAAGAGAUGCACUAAAGCUACACCAACAUGUAAGGGAACUUAAUAAGUUGUGUUUUUUUAUUUCUUUGUAGUAACAUUUUAGUUGCUACUUUUGUGGUAGUGCUUGGUUUCAAAUUUAGAUUUUGUAAAAUGUUGUGGUACGUUAUAAUUUUUUAGUUUAAGCUAAACUCUGUUCUGUAUUUUAAAUUGAUGGGCAAAAUUUUGGCAAUUUCAAAA